AUUGAAGAGGAACGUCUGGAUCAAGAGAGAAAUGCAGCAGCAGAACAGAAAAGAAAUGAAGCAAUGCACGCUGGUAUGAAAGAACGCGAGAGAGAGCGAGACCCUACUUAUGAAUACUGGCAUCAGGCUGAAUUCGAUAUUGACAAUCUAGUUUCAAUAAGGAGACAAUGGGAUGCUUAUUUAAUUGCACCUGGUAAACCUGCAUCAUCGUGUAUCCCUCCAAUGUUUGUUACUCCAUCCCCUCCCGCUAAUUAUAUUUGGGCUUCAU